UGUUGUAACUGUCAUCCCCUCCUUAUUAUCCAUUUUAUCUCUUGCAACAAUACGUAUUACUCUUAAUUAAUUUCUUAAUUAGCAUCAAUAUCCUUUUGGCUUGUAAUUUGCACAAGAACAAUACUAUAUUGUUUUGCCUAAUUAAAUAAAAAUAAUGUCAAAGGAAAAGGAAAGAGAAACCCAUGUUUACACAGCCAAGCUCGCUGAACAAGCUGAACGUUAUGAUGAAAUGGUUGAGAGUAUGAAGAAAGUUGCAAAACUGGAUGCUGAACUGACAGUGGAGGAAAGGAACUUGCUUUCUGUUGGUUACAAGAAUGUAAUUGGAGCUCGAAGGGCUUCAUGGCGUAUUAUGUCUUCUAUCGAGCAGAAAGAAGAGUCGAAAGGGAACGAGAACAACGUGAAGCUCAUUAAGGGAUACAGGCAGAAAGUAGAAGAGGAGCUCUCCAAGAUUUGCCAUGAUAUUCUUGAAAUCAUAGACAAACAUCUCAUUCCAUCUUCUGGCACUGGAGAAGCCACCGUCUUUUAUUACAAAAUGAAAGGCGACUAUUUUCGUUACCUUGCUGAGUUCAAGACUGAUCAGGAAAAGAAAGAGGCUUCUGAACAAUCAUUGAAGGGCUAUGAGGCUGCUACGGCCACUGCAAACUCUGAUCUGCCUUCAACACAUCCGAUCAGGCUCGGACUUGCUUUGAACUACUCUGUGUUCUACUACGAGAUCAUGAAUUCCCCGGAAAGGGCUUGUCACUUGGCUAAACAAGCUUUCGACGAGGCAAUAUCAGAGUUGGACACUUUGAGUGAAGAAUCAUACAAAGACAGUACCUUAAUCAUGCAGCUGUUGAGAGACAAUCUCACACUAUGGACCUCUGAUUUGCCCGAAGACGGAGCUGAAGAGAAUUCGAAAGCUGAUGAGCCAAAAGCAGCAGAACCUCCUAAAAAAGCAGAAGAAGAACCUCAAAAAACAGCAGAUCCACCUCAACAGUAAUGGAGACACAAUGAGCUAUGUAACAGGCAGUAUGCUUGAGAAAUUUCUGCCCUUUCCCUCCAUCAAUAGCGCGACUGCAUGAUUUUGCAAUGCCUCCAUCAGAAGAAGAUGCACUUCUUAAUUUGAUCGAUACAUUUUCAGUUUUACCCCCUUUAUUUAUGUUCUUUGGUGGAAAUUUGUUAUUCAACUUGUUAUUUUUCAAAUUGAGUCUUAUUCUUUUGUUAGAUCCUUGAUUUUGUUAAGGGACCAAGCUCAGUUUCUUGAGAUUAUGAGUUAA